UCCAUGAGUGGUACGACUGGAUAUUAAUGAUACGCAGUUCGCUGCUGACUUGAUCGAUGCGGUUGGUUCUGAAGUCUGGAUAAAUUUCACGGGUGCAUGGGAGCACGUGUGAAUCAAUAGACAAUCCCAACUUGAAAUGCAAUCUGAUUUUGACUAUUGAGAAUUGUUAUGUAAAUAAGCGCCCAUCAAAAAGCUUUUCAUUAAACUCAAAAAACUGAAGCUUUUGAACUACGACUUUCGGAUGCACCGUCUCCACAAUGCGCGUUCCAUUGCUAUCGGUGCACUCACUUGCAGAAGACGAGCAUUUGGCGUUUCUGCGGGCGUUUUAAAUGCCAAUUCGGACGCGGGCUCAAACCAGAGCCAGAGCCAGGACCGGAGUCAAAGCGUGGACUUAGGAAAUACUGAUAGCCGAAGCAGAGAGACUGUGAAUGAUGAGCAAGGCCAAAAGGGUGGCCAUGAGCAGGGACCUGUACACGUACUUGGGAAACUCUCGCGCUCUUUGCGUAGCCAGCGUGACUCGCGCAGCAACUCAUGCAUUCGAAAUUCUCAACAUGUCGUUCCAGCGCCAGGUGUCUCGAAGAAAAGGAGAAAGGAGAAGCAUCCAAAAAAAAGGAAAGUUGGUGGUGGUGGAACACGACCUGCUGUAGAAUCAGCGCGUGCUUCCCUUGCAGGGUUCGACGCGAAGCGUUUGGAGCUAAUGCAGAUACUGUUCGAAGGUUCUGGGAAGACCAAACGUUUGGCGAAGGAUAGCUGGAUUACAGGGUGGGGCGAGGACGCGCUUCGACCGGGGGAGAAUGAGAAUCAUGAAUUGCGGGAGUCUUUCAGUGGCGACGGACCACAAAAUCGGGUCAAGUCUACGAGACGUGGGCAACCGCCGCAUCAACGUCAUCCCCUACCUUACACCCGCCGCGUAGAGGGUCUCUUCGACGACGCGCGUGAUGUGAAUGAUCCUUCAUCAAGCGGACCGAGCUCUAUCAACAAUAUUCUGGAAGAUAUUGACCCACCCUCAGAACACAAGCCUAUUGCGCGGCUUGCACAUGGGCUUGAUAGGGUGUUAUUCAACCCUGGCGUCCAUUGGCUCCAAGAUCCACGCUCACGUGUAUAUAAUUUCACACCUUGGCUCGAGAGCAUACCCAAAGUUACAGAUUUUGCGUUCGAGCGCGUCACUGGGUUUAUACGGAGUUCUCAUGAUCAUGACCUCCACACCCUCGCCAAAAUACACUCCCGACCAUAUGUUGGCUCCACAUCCUCCCUCACCGGUCUGCUCAGCCACGUUUACUUCCUCAUCUCUGGUGGAAAGGAAGUAGAUACGAGCGUUUUAAGCGGCGCUUUUGCGCACGAGCCAACGGACUUUACCCCAGGCCAGCGUAUGCCCGUAUCAGUCGUGUUACGAUACAAAGACGGUGUAUGGGCGGUCGACUCCAACAAAGACGGCGAGGAUGACAGUAAUAAGAAUGUAUUGACCUGGAUGGGCACUCUCCUCGAAAAAUUCUUGACAGUCCCGGAACCUGAGUUCAAGACUCUCCUGCGCUCUUCGCCUGCCCUACCGGAAGGUGAGGAAGAUAAAAGGAGGGAGGCAUAUCGGUAUGCGAAGAGUGACCGCUUUUUGAUGCGCUCCCAACUUGAUUGCGUCGACCCGCGCUUACCAGGAACAGGCGUUUUUGAUGUCAAGACCCGUGCUGCGGUCCCAAUCCGACUAGAUUUACUAAAUUUCGAGGAGAACUCAGGUUACCUCAUUCGUACGCUUCAUGGACCACUGGAGAGCUUCGAGAAAGAAUAUUACGAUUUAAUUCGAAGCGCAUUCCUGAAAUACAGCUUCCAAGCUCGUAUCGGCAACAUGGAUGGUGUAUUUGUCGCUUACCAUAACACGGCCCGCAUUUUCGGGUUCCAGUACAUCUCGCUCGAGGAGAUGGAUGCGCGCUUGUUUGGACAAGAUGUGAAACCUACUGGUGUUGUCAACGGCAAUAGUACGCCUACCAAAGGCGCGCGGGUAUUCGAGAAGUGUGUGAAACUGCUGGAAAUGGUAAUGGAUGAGAUUGUUGGAGUGUUUGGGGAGAGGAGCGUGAAAUGUACUUUCGAGACACGGGAGCGCUCGCCGAAGAUGAAUAUAUGGGUGGAGCCUGUCGAGUGGGAUGCUGAGAAGGAAGGUAAGGGACAGGACAUAGUAGAUUUGAAGGAGGUAGAGGAUGAAACGAAGGCCGUCGAGCAAGGGAAAGAUGGUGAGGAGGAGGACAAAGUGAAGACAGAGGAGCCUCCAAUCGUUCAGAUUGACGUAGAGGUGCAGAACUUUGUCGCUGGCCAGCCUGUAUGGGGCUCAAAAGCGAUUGGUGUCACGCCUGACGAGAACUGGAUUCUCCAUUGGACCGUCUCGCAUAGCUCGCUAGAAACCUCCAGAAUCCGGGCCAACCUUGCAUCUGCCAAAGAUAGGCAGUUCCGUGCGUGGAAUUUCCCAGCAAAUAUCAGCGGACCGGAAGAGAUGAAGGCAUGGUGGAAUGCGCUGGAUUUCGGCAGACAACAGGACGCUACCUGCCCUUCAGGUGAGGGUGAGGAAAUAACAAUAGGCAGACUACACGAUGUGGUGGCAGGUGCCGAGAGCCCUGUUGCAAUGGUCGAGAACGGUUUGGUAGAGGAGGAAGGACCUGAAGCCGAUAAUAAUAGCCCUCCGUCGUUCAAUCCCAGGCUUUUCCGACCACCGUCGACAAGUGUUAAGGUAUUGCGUCAGCUAUCGAGAGACGGGAGGAAAGAGACGUUGAGGGCGGAGGCAGAGGAGGAGGCAAUGGGAAGGGAAAAAAUUGUCUGGGGUCACCUGGAGAAUGGAGGUAUUUUGAACAGUGAAAUCAAGGAAGUGCUUGAGGAUGGCAGCUCAGCAUUGACCAUCACUGGGGCUCCAGAGAUUGGGACAGUCGACGUGGUGAAACAAACCAGCAGGGAGGAGGAGUAAAAACCGAAUUUCCUCAUUGCGGCGCUACUGCCGAGUAGUCAGCGACCUUGCGUUCUUUUCAAGUCCACGACGCGGUGUCGAGUACCUCCAGGUAACCAUUACAUUGUCAUUUAGCACUCAGGACAUGCACACUAUAUUUUUUGUUUACAUCUAGAUGGUAUGACUCAUGCAUGUAGCAUAUAACACACUAAAGUAAUAGCCCGACACCGAUAAUCAUAACAUCCCUCUGCGUUCUAAAUAGGUGCUCGCCAUCGCGG